AAUCUCAACAUAUGGAACAAGAAACAUAGUUCCUCUUCUUCUUCCCGUCCAGAUCCGCCAAAAACUAGAAGCGAGCGUAAAGGUGGAGGCAGGUCUGGAAACAAAAGCUCAAGCAGGUCGUCCAGAAGUAGCUCUAGAAGCCGUCCACAAUCUGUAAGCAACUCUACAAAUAGAGUUGAUUCUUUUAGAAUUGAUUCUUGUUCCUCCUGCACUCAAGAGCAGCGAAGCAAGCAUGGAUGUAGAAGCAGGUCUAGAGAGAAAAGCUCAAGCAGGUCGUCCAAAAGUAACUCCGGAAGCCGUCCAAAAUCUAGAAGCAAGUCUAGAGGUAGAAGUUCAUGCAAGUCAUCCAAAAGUAACUCUGGAAGCCGUCCAAAAUCUAGAAGCAAGUCUAGAGGUAGGAGUUCAAGCAAGUCAAAAGUAACUCUCGAAGCCCAUCAAAAACUAGGAGCAAGGUUAGAGAUGGAAGCUCAAGAAGCUUGCCUGCAAGCAGCAAGAACUCUACAAGCUCGUCCAGAGCUACAGGAAAGUCAAAAGGUAGCAAGAACCUGAAGAAAACAAUCCCGGAGACGAUGAAUCACCCAAAGAAUCAACACCCGAUGGUACUGAUGAGCCAAGGAAAGCCUUUCAUGUGCAGUGGAUGCAAAGAACUAGGACUUAGCCUGAGGUAUAAGUGUAAAGACGAUCGCUGUGACUUCAUCCUUCACGAGGAGUGUGCCCACAGACCUCUACAAAAAGCAUCCACUAAUGGGUGACUCUGAAUUUGAGUUCCUUUGGAAACUUCCAGGUGAAACGAACAACCGAUAUUGCGAUGCUUGCGGGAGGGACAUUCGAGGGUUCUUGUAUCAUGAUCAUUAUUCCAGACACGAGUUUGAUUUGCACCCUUGUUGUAUGAAUCUUGACAGAGAUACCGUGCCUGAUACGCAUGGCACUGUGAAGCUGAGUCUUGAGGACAAAAUGCCCCGCCAAUGUGUGAAAUGCAAGAGGAAGGAUUUAAAUGACGUUGAGAGCAAGAAGGCCUUCAGAGGGUGGUCCUAUGGGUCCUCUCGUGGGGACUAUUGCUUCCAUGUCUAUUGUACAAGGACUUUGGUUCUGGAGAAGUGGAAAGAGAGCUAUUUCAAUGUUGGUUCUUCUUCUUCUUCUUCUUCUGGUUCAUCUCUGAAGGGAACAAGCUUGGUCAUCAGAAGUGGUAGAAGGUCGAACACAUCUUCGGCCUUGGUUAGAAGAUCGUCGAGGCCGAAAUUUGUCACAAGGAUGACUAUCAAAGGGGUGAAAUUAGCUCAGUCUUGUAUUAUCAUUGAUAUUCGGAAAUCCAACUCCAUCGUUUGCUGCUCUCGCUGAAAACUUGUUAGAUUAGAGCUUGGACCCAUCAGUUAUGUUGCUCAUUUUAUUGAAGUGGUGUACUUUGUUAGGGCGCUUUUUGGUGGUGACGAGCUACGUGGUCUUUCGUCACUUGGGUUGUACUUUUGACUGUUGUUGGCAAUAAUAAAGUUUUCUUUCUAUUUGUUUUC